GGAAAUGCAGUUACCAAUAUUGACUCCAGAAGAAAGAAGGCUAACAAUGGAAAACACUGGGAAAGUUACCAGAAAGCUGUCAUCAUCAGUGCCAGCCUCAGUGGAUGUCACAGAUUCUGACUAGUCCGUGGCUUUAUUGAGGAUCCAAUGUCUAGCAGAAGACCAAAGUUCACAGGCUAAAAAAAUUUCCUAAAGAAGAAAGAUCAGAAGCACCAUGAUGGACUCAGAAGCACAUGAUAAGAGGCCCCCAAUGUUGACCUCUUCAAACCAGGAUUUGUCUCCUCAUAUUGCGAACGUGGGGGAGAUAAAGCAUUACUUCUGUGGCUGCUGCGCAGCAUUCAGCAAUGUGGCGAUCACAUACCCAGUUCACAAGAUCCUCUUUCGGCAGCAGCUGUAUGGCAUCAAAACCACGGAUGCAAUACUCCAGUUGAGGAGGGAUGGGUUUCGAAACCUGGAUCGUGGGAUCCUGCCCCCACUGAUGCAGAAGUCAACCACACUGGCACUCAUGUUUGGUUUGUAUGAGGAUCUGUCACGUCUGCUCCGUAAGCAUGUGAGCACUGCUCCCGAGUUUGCCACCAGAAGUGUGGCAGCAGUACUUGCUGGGACAACAGAAGCCAUUCUCACUCCAUUUGAAAGAGUUCAGACUUUGCUGCAGGACCAUAAGCAUCAUGAUAAAUUCACAAACACAUACCAGGCCUUCCGGGCCCUGAGAUGCCAUGGAAUUGCAGAGUAUUACCGAGGCUUGGUACCUAUCCUUUUCCGGAAUGGAUUCAGCAAUGUCCUUUUUUUUGGCCUUCGAGGGCCAAUUAAGGAGCAUCUGCCUACUGCCACUACGAAUGGUGCGCAUUUGGUCAAUGACUUUAUCUGUGGAGGUGUGCUGGGUGCCAUGCUGGGGUUCUUAAGCUUCCCGAUUAAUGUUGUGAAAGCCCGAAUACAAUCUCAGGUUGGUGGGCCAUUCCAGUCUCUCCCCAUGGUCUUCAAGACAAUCUGGUUAGAACGGGACAGGAAUCUGAUCAAUCUUUUCAGAGGCGCCCAUCUCAAUUACCAUCUCUCUCUCAUCUCCUGA